AGACAGCCAUUUUGGUUUCGCACUUCGAAUUCCCUGUUUGGAAUACAAAGAAAUUCCGUUUUGUUCAAGUCGUAUUCUUAUAUUCGCUCCUUCAUAGUGCCAUUUUUAGCUUAAAAUCGACCUUAUUCAAUUCCAACCAAAAAAAAUCAAAUUCAGUUCUAAGAAUCCCAACGUCUUUGUUCUGAUACUUCCUUUCUAGAUAAAACUGACAGUUCAAAAAAGAAUUCCGGACUUUUGGUUCCAACUGUUCUUUCGCUAUUUAGAUAGUCUUCCUCUUCACGAUAUUAUGAUGCAAAAGAGAAACAAUAAUUCUCUGAUUUGAUUACUCCUGCCAUUGUCAGUAAGAGAAACAAUACCUGGGUCUCUGCUGAUUUUUUCUUUUUUAAAAUUUCUUUCUGAGAUUAACUGGAGAGCAUGGAGAACAGUAAUUCGGAUUCUGCCGGGGAAGGGGACGGCACGGCGGCAGCCGUGGCGGAAGUUAAUUUGUUUGAAAAAUACGAGCUGGGGAAGCUACUGGGUUGUGGGGCCUUCGCCAAGGUGUACCACGCUAGGAACGUGCGUACAGGGCAGAGCGUGGCGAUCAAGGCCGUGAGCAAGAACAAGGUCAUGAAAGGAGGGCUCGCGGCGCACAUUAAGCGGGAGAUUUCAAUCAUGCGCCUACUGCAACACCCUCAUAUCGUGCGCCUUUUCGAAGUCCUCGCCACGAAGACUAAGAUCUACUUUGUCAUGGAGUUCGCUAAAGGAGGAGAGAUCUUCGCGAAGAUCGCGAAAGGCCGGUUCAGCGAAGAUCUUAGCCGUCGAUAUUUCCAGCAGUUGAUCGCAGCCGUUGGUUAUUGCCAUUCCAGAGGAGUCUUCCAUCGCGAUUUGAAGCCCGAGAAUCUGCUCCUGGAUGAGAAUUGGGACUUGAAGGUCUCCGAUUUCGGUCUCAGCGCCGUCAAGGAGCAGAUCCGACCCGACGGACUGCUCCACACACUUUGCGGGACUCCUGCUUACGUGGCACCGGAGAUUCUCGCGAAGAAAGGAUACGACGGUGCGAAGGUGGACGUGUGGUCUUGCGGAGUCAUCCUGUUCGUGCUCAAUGCAGGUUAUCUUCCGUUCAAUGACCCGAACCUCAUGGUUAUGUACCGUAGGAUCUACAAAGGCGAUUUUCGGUGCCCUAAAUGGACGUCUCCUGAUCUAAAACGGCUGUUGUUUCGGCUACUGGAUACGAAUCCCGGGACGAGGAUAACUGUUGAUGAGAUCAUCCAUGACCCCUGGUUCAAGAAAGGAUACAAAGCAAUCAAGUUUCAGACCGAGGAUUUUGGAUCCAAGGACCACGGAGAGGACGCCAGCUCCAAGAAUCUAAACGCAUUUGAUUUGAUUUCGUUCUCGUCCGGAUUUGAUUUGUCCGGUUUGUUCAGCGAGUUGUCCGAUUCUCGAGUAUCUGAAGAGCGGUUUGUGUCGGCUGAGACGCCGGAGAGGAUUCUAGCGAGGGUGAAGGAAGUGUCGCAAGGGGAGAAUGUGAAGGUGGUGAUGAGGGACUGGGGAGCAAAGCUUGUGGGAGAUAAUGGUGAUUUGGUUAUCGUGGUAGAGAUUCACAGGUUAACGGAGGAGCUGAUGGUUGUGGAAGUUAAAAAGAGAGAGAGGAACGACGGAGUAAGCCAAGAAAUUUGGAACAAGCUGCGAUCCAAGCUCAGUGCACUAGUUUAUCAACCAGAGGCGUCGGUCACGAGCAAUUGACUUCGCUACUUCAUUAUUUAUCUCUUUUUUUUUUUUGUUACAGGGAUGUCAUGCAUUACUACUCUCGGAUGAUACAUCAAAUUUUACUGGAGAGAAGUGCCUCUGCGAAUGCAAAUUCGCCCAGAGGAUUUGAGGUUGUUGCUAGGACUCUGUUGUUGAGCUGAUGUUGUGGGGCGGGUUAAGUUCCAACUGCGAUUAUAUUAUCGAUUAUGUCAAAUCCUUUAAGUGAAUUUGCAUUUGGAGCUGCACUUUUCUCUUUGAUGAAAUUGGAUGUAUCAUCCAACAGUACAAAUGCAUCAUAUCCCCAUAAUCAAAAAAAGUAAUAUCGGGUUUUCUAUCAUUGAUUUUUUUCCCCAUUUAUACAGUAAAUUUUGUAUGGCUUA